UUUGAAUUAAUUGUUUAAUUAUCGUGUCUGUAUUUUGGAAAAAUGAUCGUGCACGUAUUAAGCUGUCUUCUAGCUGCUUGCCUAGCCGCCCCCCAGAACUACUACCAACAACCCCAGUACUCCGGAAAACCAGUCGUACCAAUCACCUCUGAAACCAACGAGCAAAACCCAGACGGUUCAUUCAGCUACAGUUACUCCACCGGAGAUGGCCAACAAGCACAAGCGCAAGGAUACCUGAAAAACGCCGGGAAUAAAGAAACUGAAGCUGAGGUUAUACAGGGCUCAUACUCUUACACAGCUCCAGAUGGCACCCCCAUUACUGUGAACUGGAUUGCUGACGAGAACGGCUUCAGAGCAGAAGGUGCCCAUAUUCCCACCCCUCCACCAGUGCCAGAAGCUAUUCAACGAUCUUUGCAGCUGAUUUCGCAAACUCAAAGAAACCAACCGCAGGAAUAUCAACAACAAUACCAACCAAGAGCACCGCAGUACAAAAGACCGUUUAGAUUCUAAUUGAUUGUGUUAUUUAUAACGAAAGAAUAAUAAAA